AUGCACUUGAGUACUGACAUUUGCAAGUGUGAUACGUCGGUACUCAGUAAUAAGUAUACCAGACACUUUCAUGUUACAGCUGAUGUGAUGAGCCGUGUCAGAGAGUGUGACCCCAGGAUGAGGAUGGACAAUGUCGAUAAUGCAGCCAGCCGAUUGAAUCGAUGGCAGUCCGCAGAACAAAGUUGUCAUGGCUAG